AUGGGCUGCGGUGCAUGGUGGCUGCCCCCCUCUCAGUUCAGCGAGUCCCGGCGGCUGCUGCUCGACUGGAUGGAGGAGGUGGAGCAGAGCCUGGAGCUGCCCCCGGACGCGGCCGGCAGCCAGGAGGAGAUCAAGCAGCAGCUGGCCGAGCACAAGGCCUUCCAGCGGGUGCUGCGCUCCAAGCGCCCCGUGUACGAGGCGACGCUGCGCAGCGGGCGGGCGCUGCGGGAGCGGGCGCAGCUGCCCGAGGACCUGCAGCCGCUCGAGGAGCUGCUGGGGGAGCUGCGGGAGCGCUGGGACGCCCUGUGCGGCCGGGCUGCCGAGAGGCAGCACAAGCUGGAGGAGAGCCUGCUCUUCUCGGGCAAGUUCACGGACGCGCUGCAGGCCCUCAUGGACUGGCUGUACCGCGCUGAGCCGCAGCUCAGCGAGGACGUGCCCGUCGGAGGGGACCGGGACCUGGUCAGCGACCUCAUGGACAAGCACAAGGUCUUCCAGAAGGAGCUGGGCAAGCGCGCCGGCUGCAUCAAGAUGCUGAAGCGCUCGGUGCGCGAGCUGACGCACGGCAGCAGCAGCAUGGACUCGCAGUGGCUGCAGCGGCAGGUGGAGGAGCUGGGCGCCCGCUGGGACCUGGUCUGCAAGCUCUCGGUCUCCAAGCAGGGCCGGCUCGAGGCCUCGCUGCGGCAGGCCGAGGAGUUCCACAGCCUCGUGCACACCUUCCUGGGGCGCCUGGCCGAGGCGGAGACYACCCUCAAGUACGGCGUCUUCCCCGAGGAGGAGGCCGCCGUGCAGGAGUGCCAGCACCAGCUGCAGCGUGAUGGUGUGCAUGGCGUCACGGUGUGCAUGGUGUCACAGCAUAAUGUGUUGGUGUGCAUGGCGUCAUGGUGUGCAUGGUAUGUCAGUGUACAUGAUGUCACGCUGUGCACGGUGUGA